CCCAGCUCCCAUUCCUGCUGAGACGCAAGACACGACUGUGAGUGUGCCAAGGAGAAGGGCAGCUGCCGCGAUGCUGGGACUCCUCCCCACUUUCCCCUGCCUGCUCCUCCUCUCCCUGCUGGGCUCCAGCUCUGGUUCCGAUGACGAUGGCACCGUGGUGCUCACCACCAGCGGCCCCAUCCGGGGCAAGCGCCUCCAGGUCGGCUCCAGCACAGUGACAGCAUUCCUGGGCAUCCCCUACGCCGAGCCCCCCGUGGGGGCCUUGCGUUUCCAGAAGCCAAUUCCCCACCAGCCCUGGAGCCACGUCCUGGAAGCCUCUAGCUUUGGCAAUAUGUGCCACCAGCCUCUGCUCACUGGUUACCCUCAGACUGAAACACAGACAUUCAAAGUGCCACAGUCUGAGGACUGCCUCUUCCUCAAUGUCUGGGUGCCCCAUCCCCGUCCCUCUCCGCCAGCCGCCAUCAUCACCUGGAUCCACGGUGGUGGGUUCUUCACAGGGGCAGCCUCACUCGACAUCUAUGAUGGGCGCUUCUUAGCUGCCACUGAGAACCUGAUCGUGGCUUCCAUGAACUACCGGCUGGGGGCGCUGGGCUUCCUGUCCCUGCCCCCGGCCGCCCCGGGGAACGCCGGCCUAUGGGACCAGCGACUGGCGAUGCGCUGGCUGCGGGACAACGCGGCCGCCUUCGGCGGGGACCCGGCCCAUUUCUUACUCUUCGGCCAGGAUGCUGGGGCUCGAUCAGUCGGCUUCCACCUCCUCUCCCCGGGGAGCCGGCCCCUCUUCACCAGGGCCGCACUGCAGAGCGGAGCCCCGAACGCACCAUGGGCUUGGAUUUCACUUGAAGAGGCCAAGGAGAGGCUGGGCCAGCUGCUGGGCUGCUCCGAUGGUAACAACACGGCCCUGGUGGGCUGCCUGCAGGGGAAGGAACCCAGGGAGUUCCCCAAACACCAGUUCUCCGUCUUGAACCACAAGAAGCAGCUGGGGCUCCCCUUUGUGCCGACACCAGAUGGAGAUUUCCUCCCUGAUACACCACCAAAACUCCUGCAGGGCAGGCACGGCCAGCCAAUACCCAUCGGGCUUGGUUUCGUCACCAACGAAGGUUCCUACAUAUUAUACUUUGCUGCCCCCAGCUUUAACCUGGAGAACGCCAGCGCCAUCGGCUGGGAGGAGCUGCUGCAGGUGGUGAGGCUGAUAGUGCCAGGGGUGCCAGACAAGGCCAUCCAAGCCAUGGCACGGUGGUACAUCCAGGAAGGGGAGAAGCAGGGAGAGGCACAGUACCGAUGGGCCAUGGAACAAAUCGCUGGUGACUAUGUAGUUGUGUGCCCGGUACUGGAGAUGGCAAGGCAACAGGCAGAGGCUGGAAAUCCUGUGUACACCUACCACUUCGCCCACCGCAGCAGUGGCUUGUCUGUACCUGAAUGGAUGGGGGUGCCACACGGCUCUGAGAUCCCCUACGUGUUCGGGACCCUGGCAUCCGUGGUAGGAUCCAACCACACAGAGGCUGAGGUAGCGCUGAGCCGCAGGGUGAUGCAGUACCUUGCGGUGUACGCCUGGAGCGGGUAA